GUGGCUUUUCCUCUGUUAGUCGCACACCUUGAGCUCUGGACACAGGAGCAGGUACCAUCUGACACCCCUUCUCCACCCCAACAGGAAAGGAGUGAAUGGCGGUCCCCGAGGGGAUGUGACCUGCAGGUGGCAUGCAGCCACGCGUGCGGGGGGGGGCCCAGGGCUUCCCCAAGGGGGAGGACACAGAUCCUUGCAGGAGGGGCAGAUUUGGAGAGGAAGGAUGGCAGAGAUGGCUCCCCACGAUGAACGAAGCCAGGCCCUUUUCCCAGGAACCGCCCUUGGGGGGGGGAAUAGCAGAGCAAGGCUGCCCCUCCUUGCUCCAGCAGCUGUGGGAGAGGCACUGCUCUGGGCCCUAAACAGCAUCCGCUUCCCCGCCGAGGGGCCCUUCACUGUCACCCGAGCCCCUGGCCUGUUGCACGGCAACCACUCAUCUUAUGGCAUUGCUCAGCAACUUCUCCCCGUCUUGUGCUGCCCUGUGGCCCUUCCUGUUCCCGAAGCUGUCCCUAGUCCUCCCUCCCUCCCUCAGCAGCCAGGCAGACAUAACAACAAAAAUACUAAAAGGAGCUUCACUGCACUGAGCUGUUUCCUGCCCAAACGAAGGGAAUAAUGCGGCGCUGUGUGAGUGGGAAAGACCACUGGUCAGAACGGACUACCACAUGGCGUGCUUUCUUGGACAAAUGAAACAGUGUCGCCUAACCAACCCUGUUUAUCUCAUCGUUCCAGCUCGGACACUCCAUGACUCACCCCUCCCAAUGUCCAGGCUAAGUGUCCCCAACCCUGCCCAGAGCCAAUGGCCUUCAUUAGUCCCUGGCACUUAUCUGGGAACCACAGCCACUGACAGAACUAUCCCAGCCCAUCUCUCUGCCUGCCCUGAGCCCAGCAGUGUCAUGGGGAACUGUCUGCACCCGAAUGUCCUCCAGGUGGCUGAUGACAACUCUACUAAACUGGCCAUUGAAGACAAGAUUUGGAGUGAAUUUCUUGAGACGUACGAUGCAGACUAUAACUUCACCGAUGUGGAAGCAGCUGCGCCCUGCCACUCCUGUAUCCUGCUCGACGACUCCUCACUGCCCUUCUUCAUCCUCGCCAGUGUCCUGGGCAUCCUGAUUAGUGGAGCUGUCCUCUACGCAUUUCUCAGACCUCUGUUCCCCCGUCAGGUCUACCAGAACUGGUCUAUCCUGGUGCAGUUGGCUGUGGGAAGUGCUCUCUUUAGCAUUAUGGUGCCCAUCCUGGCACGGGGGCUAAGUGGGGCCCUCAUCACCUCCCUCUGCCACCUAGCUCACUUGGUCUCGUAUGGCUCAGCCUUUGCCCAAGCUCUGCUGAUAGGGUGCCAUGCCUGCCUGGGCCCCAAACUGGGUAUAGGUCACGUCCCAGGUCUCAGGCUGGGGAUCAGUGUGGGACUUUGGGGAGUGGCUGCCCUAUUGUCACUGCCAAUCACGCUGGGCAGUGACACUUCCCAUGGACUCUGCACAGUGACCUUCAGCGGGGAAUGGGAAAUUUUGCGGUACAUACAUGCUGCAGCCUGUUUUGCCAUCUUCAUCUUGUUGCCACUGGGUUUGUUGGGAGCCAAGGGGCUGAAGAAGGCAUUGGGCAGGGGGCCAUGUCCCUGGGUUAAUAUCCUAUAUGUCUGGUUCAUUUUCUGGUGGCCUCAGGGCAUGGUUCUGGGAUUGGACUCCCUGGUGAGGUCCAGGGCCAUGGUGGUGUCAACAUGUCUGGCCCAGCAGACCCUGGACAUGCUGCUGGACCUGGCAGAAGCCCUGGCAAUAUUGCACUGUGUGGCUACACCCCUGCUCCUCGCCCAGUUCUGCUACCAGGCCAUUCAAACUUCUCUGCCCUCCCUGCCCCUCUCGGCAACACAAUCUUCCCACCUGGACAUCCUUGGAUGCAAAUCCUAGCUCUCUUCCCACCUGUCAACUUGAAUUAAAGUGUACGCUGUUUU